CUCCCGGCAGUGAUGCUCCCUCGAUCCACGUAGAAGCUGUCAAGGAAGCGGACGGAUCUCGCAGUCGAGGAUCGGACCUCGUUCAGCUCGGCCGAUUCGAACGGUGGCUGCUUCUGUAAAGAGCUUCAGCAAGAUGCUGCUACAUGCCGCGUGCUUCGUCCUGCUAGCAGGCACUCUACCUGAUGGACCGUCGAUUUCGCAAGUAAACGCAGCCCCGGCGACCUACGAUCAGCAACAGAACGGAGACUUGAACGUGGACGCGAAGUUCGAGAACUUUUUGGUAGUGGUCGCUACUUCCGGCAGCGGUGAUCUGCUCGGCAAUCUGGCGUCGCAGGUGUUCCGCUUGAACAGGCUGGGCUCGCAGCAAGCUCGUGGCAAACAGCAGAGCGGAAAGAACUUGUCUGAGACGGUGGUUUAUGAGACGGAGGAUGCAGAUGGCGGGAGAGAGCCUUACCACGUCGAGAUCGUUCACAUAGAUAAGGAGGGAAACAACACGGCUCGAAGUAAACAUUCCGACCAGUCGUCUGACGUUAAAAAUAGAGAAAACACCGAAUUGAGUGCGUCGUUGAAGGAUUCUAAAAGUUUGGAUUCCAAUUUGCGAAGCGUCAGCGAUUCAAACGUAUCUAUCGAUAAUAGUAAGACGACGAUAAAGAAGAUUAGGAGUCUUUGGAAUGCCGAGGAGCAUCAUGAACAGUUCGUUGACAGUUCGAUAAAGGGGAAUAAAAGAUCAGCCAAUGUCAGGAAUUCGCAAGUGGAGAACUUCAACCAUUCGGAGGACCUGUCGGUUAAAGAGGGAGCAUUGAGAGCAACGAGACCGGGUAUAUCGUUGAAGAAACAAUUGUCGAAGAAAGAAGAGGAGGAGGAGGAGGAAGAGGACGUACCUUUGAUUUCCGAAGAGAGGAACGAAUUGGGCAAUAAGCUGGUGGAGCAGGAGCUGGUGUUGCUGGGAGGUGGUAUCGAGAACUGUGGGCCUGGAAGAUACAGGGAUAAAUUAGGCAUCUGUCAAACCGACAAGAAUUUUAAUUAAAACACAGCUUAGUUUAGUAAGUGCACGAGUAUUUAUAUAAAGGGUAUUUAUACAUAAUAUACGAGUAUUUAUACAUAAUAUGAGGAUUUAACUUUAUUAGAAAAAUAUGUAAAAGAAAUUGUUGAAUAAAAAGUUCGAACACAAACUCUGAUCUCUCAUAAAUGUGAAAUUUGUAUCAUUUGUAACAUUAUGUACUGUACCGUUUGCAUCACGAAAUAAAUUACACGCAUAAACGAACGAAAGGUCCAAAGGUCCAAAUUUUUCUCUCGGAAAUAAAACCCUCCUUUUUGAUCUUUUGUCGAGUUUCAACUACAAUUUCACGAAAUUGUUCCUUCGGGAUAUUUUUAAAAAGAUUAGAGUUUGUUUUCAUCUGUUCCAAAUAGAAGGAAAUAGAUUAAAUUCGCUCAAGUUCCAGCCCCAUUCUGUUGAAUUCGGGUCACGCUUGAUCUUCGAUUCCAAUUUUCCGCAAACUUUCGUCGCGAAAGGCGCCUGGUACAAGGCGAACCAGGAAGUCAGUCGUGGAAGUCCAAGCGCAGCGGAAAUGUAAGAGCAAGGGCAAGGUUACGGUAAUAAGCGGCGGUUGAGACAGAGGAACGGGGAAAUGAACUCGCUGGGGCCAUACGAGGCCGUUGCUCUUUUCAAAUCGGUCCCACGUGUGUGCGUCUCUGUAUGUGUGCACGUAACACAUAGACAGAUGCUCGCGACGAAACACGCACGUUCGGUGUGUUUCACGCAAGGGGAAGCGUGGAUAAGUUCGGGAACAAACAAACCAAUGAUUGUAUCAUCCUUCUUAUUGAUGAAAUUACGUAGAUUAAGAUCUAAAAAAAAAAAGAAAAAAUAAGAAGAGCAACGAAUCUUAAAGUUCUUUGUUUAAAUGAAAUCAGAUGUUUCAUUACAAUAGGAUAGAUAAAGUCGAUAGUCUCAAGUAUAAAUGCUUACGUUUAUUACCAUCUUUGUCACGGUUUACGACCGUUUCUUUGCGUGGUAGAUACUAAUUGGUCAAUCAGUGAAACUGUACGUAAUUCUAAAUUCAAUACAAUUUGUAAUUUCUAAAAUCUA